GUCAAACCCUAGGCUUAAUUUUCAACCAAAAUAAAUUUACUUAAAAAAAUAAUAAUUAUUUUCAAAAAUAAAAAAUAAAAAAAAUUCAAAGAUGAAUAACAAUAUGUUAACUGAAGAAGAAUUGGAAAUUGGAAGUGAUAAGAUGAAUGAUGAAAUUCCUAUAGCUGUAGGAAUAGUUGAGGAGGUUCGAGAAGAUGACGAUGAUGACGUCGAUGACGACGAUGAUGAUGACGUCGAUGAAGAAGAUGAAGAUGAUGAUGCGCAAGAGGUUUUUCAGAGCUCCGGCGUACCGGCUCAGCCGGUAGAAGGUGAUGAUGAUGAAGAUGACGAGGACGACGACGAUGAUGAGAAUGAUGGUGAUGAUGAUGACGACGACGACGACGACGACGAAGAUAGUGAUGACGAUGAAGAAGGUGAAGAUGAGGAGGAAGAUAUGGGAACUGAAUACUUGGUUCAACCAGUGGCUAACCCAGAAGAUGAGGAAGACGCUAGUGAUUUUGAGCCAGAGGAGAAUGGCGUUGAUGAAGAUGAGGUUGAAGAGGAUGAUGAAGAUGAGGAAGACGACGACAGUGGCAAAGUUGAAGCCCCACCAAAGCGAAAGCGAUCCCCCAAAGAUGACUCCGAUGAUGAUGACGGUGCCGAUGAUGAUGCCAGACCUUCCAAGAGAUAGUGUUUGAUGAGUGACCACCAAUACAUAGGUUGAACUCACUCUCUUCUCUUUCUCUCCUUAGCGUUAUGUUACAAGAUUAUUGGUGGAUCAGGUCUCUUCACAAGUAUUUUUCAUUACCAUCUCAUGUAAUUUUCAAUCAGGGUUUGCUUUUGCACAGGGUUACAAUGGUAAUUUUUAGGAACAAAAUUUAUCCUACCUUUAAUUUUUAUCUCAUGCAAGUUUGAACUUUUUAGAUGUGUUAGAUUUCAACGUAUUCUUCGUCUGUAACUUUGGAUAAUCUUUAGUGGAUCACUUCAGUUUAGGAUGACUUUAUGAAAAGCUAUUUUUUUCA